AUGAGAAAGAGACACGACGAUCUGCUCAAAGCAGAGAGAACUCUCACCCCAAGCCGUAGCGUGUGCGGUGCCGCUGAACUCGAAAGCGGAAAAGUGCCCAGAGGGGCGAGGGCACCUGACGCUGGUGGAAUGUGUCCAGCAGUUUUGCAGUCGGGCCGCGAAGGUGGCAAGAAGCCCCUGAAGCAGCCCAAGAAGCAAAGCAAGGAGAUCAACGAGGAAAAUAAGGCAUUCAAGCAGAAACAAGAGGAGGAGCAGAAGAAACUCGAGGAGCUAAAAGCGAAGGCCGCGGGGAAAGGCCCCCUGGCCACAGGUAAAAUUAAGAAAUCUGGCAAAAAGUAA